AUGACGGGAAUGGCACAGACGAACGUUGGGCCUCAGGGUCCACCCAGCCCCACCGCCGACGCCUCGGCGAAACAGCUUUCCCGCCGCGCCUUCGUGCCCCCCUUGCCAUCAGUUUUUUCCUCCGGAGCCGUGCAUGCAGUGCAAGUGGAUGGCGCUUCACUACUGAACGAACAAGACAAACAAAUGAAUGCACCGUUUCUCCUUUCACCGCAGGACGAGCAAAUACUGCGCGGAUUGUUUCCCCACACCAUAGACACCCCAUUUGUGCGCAUCGAACCUGCCCAUGCAUCCCAAUCAUCCAACUCUAAGCCUUUGAACGUAGGCGUUGUGCUUAGUGGAGGGCAGGCUGCAGGAGGCCACAAUGUGAUAUGCGGGGUGUAUGACUACAUACACAAGCUGAACCCUGAGUCAACUCUCUACGGGUUCCUUGGUGGACCCCACGGCGUCUACAGCGGCAACUACAAAGUACUUGAUAAGAACACAAUUGAUAAGUACAGGAACAUGGGGGGGUUUGAUAUGAUCAAGAGCGGGAGGCACAAGAUUGAGGAGGAUUCACAAAAGCAAGCAUCACUUGAGGUUUGCAAGAAACUGAAUUUGGAUGGCCUGGUUAUAAUUGGCGGAGAUGAUUCCAACACUAACGCUGCGAUCUUAUCUGAGUACUUCAAGUCGAAAGGGAGCAAGACAAAAGUGAUUGGAUGCCCCAAGACAAUUGAUGGAGACCUGAAAAACUACUACGUGGAGGUCUCUUUCGGCUUUGACACAGCAUGCAGAGUGUACUCAUGCGCAGUGGGGAACCUCAUGAUGCAGACGCUCACUCAAAAAAAUGUGUACCAGUUUGUGCGUCUCAUGGGCCGUAGCGCCUCUCUUCUUACCUUGGAGUGCGCACUGCGUUGCCACCCGAACAUGACAUUUGUGGGCGAGGAAGUACAGGCGAAAAAGCAGUCCCUGAAGGCGCUAGUAGCAAUGACUGCAGAUCUGGUUGAGGCACGCGCAAAGCUGGGGAAGCAUUACGGUGUUAUUUUGCUUCCGGAGGGGCUCAUUGAAUUCAUUCCGGAGGUUGGGGUGCUGAUCGGAGAAAUUAAUAACAUUGUCGCCGCUGGCGAGUUCGACAGAGCGAAAUUGACUGCAGCAAGUCGAGAAGUGCUUGAUAUGCUGCCUCAGCAUACACAGCAGCAGUUGCUGCUCGACAGAGAUCCCCAUGGAAACGUGCAGGUAGCGCUGAUCCACACUGAGCAGUUGCUUCUGGAGUUGACUACCGAAGAGCUCCACCGGAGAGGCUUUAAGCACCCCUUCUAUGGGCGGUGCACUUACCUGGGAUAUGAGGGCCGCAGCGGCUUCCCCAGUGAUUUCGAUGCGACGUAUUGCUACGGCCUGGGCAAUGUGGCGGGGGCUCUCAUUCAGAACGGGGUAACAAGCUGCAUGGCUGUGCUUAAGGGUAUGAGCAGCAGCAGCGAUGUGAGCACCUGGGUGCCUGCUGGCGUGCCUCUGACAAAGAUGAUGAAUCUAGAAAAUAGGAAAGGGAAGACGAAUGUUCCCGUCAUCAAGAAGUUCCUUGUAGACAUAGAAAAGCCCCUUUUCAAAGCUUUUGAGCAGGUCAGAGAGGCAUGGAAGUUGCUUGACGCGUACUUGGUGCCCGGGCCGAUGCAGCUGAAUGGUGAAGAGCUGCAGCUGCCAUAUACAUUGACAGGCCCUCCUCCGCUUGAGACGCUGCUGCCAGCAACGGCAGCAGCAGCAUAUAAGGACAGCGCGCUCCUGCAGCAGCAAGGGUACAGACACUAUUUCAGCCUGUUGCAGCACUUGCGCUCCCCGCUUCAGCAGUCGAGGCAGAAGUCUUCCAUUGAGGUGCCUCAAGGCCUGCUGCAGGCAGGGGUAGUCCUCCAACCCACCGGUGUCAGGGAGCUACUGUCGUCGCAUCACCAGCAGCAUGUCAAGCAGCUGUUCCCCAAAACAGCAGCAACACAGGGAGGAUUGUACACUGCUGCUGCCGGUACACCUGAAAAGAGAAGGGUUGGCAUCAUCCUUGCGGGAGAGUCAACUCCCGGUCUGUCGAAUGUUUUGCUCGGCAUUAUUGAAAAAGUAACUGCAGCCGGAGGCGAGGUGAUGGGCAUCUUGGGCGACGGUAGCUUUACCAACUUGUCUCAGAUGAGAAAUGACAUAGAAAUGCAGAAGAAUCAAAAUGCUUUCCCCUUCCUGGGUCGCACUGUGCUGGAGGAACAGCAGCUGCUGGCUCCGGGGGGCGCGUUGGGUUCACCUGCGAACCUUGACGUUUUGGUGGUACUGCGUGGGACCUUUAGCGGUUGCGCUUCUCUGGCUGAGCGCUUGGCGGAACGGGGUGACAGAUGCACCGUGCUGAAUGUGUGCGGUGACAGCGACUUCUGCCUGUCUGAUCCUUCGAGUUUCAUGGAUGCAAUGGAACAGAUAUCUGGAUCUGCUAUUACCUUCACUGAUCAGCAGAACGAUCAGACGAUCGCUUGCGAAAACACACGCAAGCUCAUCAGAGAUGCAGCGGGAGCACUUGCGCUAGGAUUUGAUACGCAGACCAAGGCGGCCGCUGAACUUGUCGGAAACUUGAUGACGGACAGCAACAGCGCGGCAAAAUACUUCUACUUCUGCAAAGUGGGGGGUGGAAGAGGAGCAGAGGCUGAGGUGGCGAUGCAGACACAUCCGAACAUGGCUCUGAUUUCGACUCUAUAUGCGGACAGCCAGCCUGUACAGAUUGCAGAGCUCCGCUCUGUCGCCGUAGCUUUGGCCGGUAACAAGGGUAAUCCAUUAGCCCUUUCGGGCGCUGAUCAUGCCGUCUUCACCUCGAUUCCGAAAUCUUUCCAACAAAAGUUGGUGCAGAUCUUCGGCACCCCGGGCAAUUUCCCCUUGAAGGCCGCUAGCUUCCCCUUGCAUGACUGUUUGGCUACAAUGGUUGCCAACGUGUUGAAAGAAAGGAAAGCCGCCGGCAAGUUUAGCGGGAGUUUCGCUCCUAUCUGCUUCGACCUCUCGGACCAGGUCCGCGGAUCCUUCCCUUCCGCGUAUGACUGUAGCGUGGGCUACACACUGGGGCUGCUGUCCGGCAUGCUAGCUGUGUCUCCCGCUCUGCAAAAGUUACCAAGUGCUGCUGUCUUAAUUAGUAACCCUACCUCAACUGUCACUUCCUUAUCUCCGGUGGUGGUGCCGCUUCCGGUGGCGGCGAUGGCAUGCGGACUGAAACCCAGCAGCGGCGCUACUGGUGCACGCAGAGGUCUUGCAGCAGCUGCUGCUGCUGGUGCCUUCGACAUUCAGUUGCACACCCCCACCCAGAAUGCCGCGGCUGCAGCUGUUAGCAUGCAGCUGCAGCAGCAGGAGUUCCUACUUAAAGACACAUACCUCAACAGCGGCCCCAUUCAGUUCCAUUCUGUGCCGGGCGCAGCGGAUGCGGACAGGGAGUGCAACUUCCUGCUCAGCAAAAGCCUCUAA